GCGAUUUCAAGUUUAAAAAUGGAUAUUUUUGGCAGUGGCAGUAGACAUUAAUAAUUGCAACCUUAUGUAUGAGUUUACUCAAAGCCUGCUUUUAGCAAAUCGAAUAACAAAAAAAACCUUAGCAGACACCAUCUACACUACACACAGUAAAAUAUAGUUGUAUAUAAUUGAGGUUAGGUAAGGUUUGUGUUGUGUGUAGUUAGUAACAAAUCUCACAGUGUUUAUUUUAUUAAAAUGAACACGUUGGCCAAAGUUUCUUUAAAUGCACUAAAUCAUCAUGAAAAAUCUCGAUUAGCAUUGCUUUUAAAUGUUUGUAUUCCUAAAAGAAACUUUGAGAUUUCAACCAGAGAAGAGAAGUUACCAGAAGUACAAGAGGAUGAAUCAAUUCAAGAAAGGGAACUAGAAAUUGAAAGGAUUAGAGAUAAAUCAAGACUGAAACCUCAACAUCGCAAUAUGCUGUUCAAUAAACUACCAUAUUCGCAACCAAUGACUGAAAGUCAUUUGACUAUCAAAUAUAACCGUAAAAUGUAUGGAAGAUAUGGGAGUGAAAGUGGUGUAAAUCCAGGUAUUAUGUGGCCCACAAAAACUGAUGUAGUGUUAAGAAAAGAAUAUGAAAAAGUUGCAUACCCAUUUACAAUUCAAGAGUUAGUAAUACAAGCCAAAACUGAAAUCGAGCAAAAGGAGUUAGACAAUCAAAAAAUUCAUGAACGUGUCAUUGCAAAUUUGUCUAAAUUAGAAUCAUGGAAAAAGGAUUUAAAAGAAAAAAUAGCAAAACAGGAAGCAGUAGCAUUGGCAGCAAAGGAGAAAAAAGAUAAAUUAAUCGAAGAAGUUCGGCGACAUUUUGGUUUUACAGUUGAUCCACGAGAUGAAAAAUUUAAAGAAAUGCUAGCAGCGAAAGAAAAAGAACAAAAGAAGAAAGAUAAACAAGCCAGGCUUGAUGAACGUGAAAGAAAAGCAAUAGCAAAACUAAUGGCUAAAAAUGAAGCCCUUCUAUCAUCUUCAAAUAGUGCUGAUAGAAACUCUUAAGUGUGUGUGCAUAAUACACUGAUCAUUGUUUAUAGGCCUAAUAUUGUUUUCAUUUAGCCUACUUUUGUUCAUGAUGUCAAAAUAAUUUUGCUACAGUCUCAAAUUAGAAAAGGUUUGUCCUCACAUCAUCUCAAAAACCGUUUGACAUACAAUGAAGAGAUUCAGCAUCAAUGUAGUAAGUCUAUUAAAGAGUAAGGCACAGUC